AUGGCGGCCUACACGAAGUCAUCUCUGCCUUCCGUCCAAGACGUCACUUAUGAUCAGACGCGCUACGAAGACGCAACAUACGACCAAUACCAGACGCAAGCGUUCUCGACGCAGACUGAUAAGUUUGCCCAGCUGAAUCAGCAGUCAUUCGCCUCCAACCAUUCCGUUGCUCAGUAUAUGCCACAGGGUCCAGCCGUGGUACUAUCCUGUCAGCCGGCCUCUGGCGUCUUUGGGUCUAAAGUGUUCUUGAAGGUCUCAUUUCAGUAUGACAUCUUUAACAUCUCGGCUCCUGUGCCUUACUUUUGUCUUUAUUUUGGUUCAGAAAAAUGCCCGAUGCAAGAUGUGACACGCGAUACUCAGGAUAACACGGGCUUUGUUUACACAUGCAGUGCCGACGUGCCUCAACUCUUAGUCACGGGCUGCACCGGUCCCAGCGUGCCAUUGUCACUAGUUGUGGAGGGCUCAUCUGGAGAGGAAAUCGCUAGGGUUGUUGCGGGCAGCUUCCAGUAUCUCGACGGGUCCGGUGACCUGACCAGAUCCGAUAAACUCCAGAAGCAUGACAUUUCUGCAACACCUGCCUCUCAACUCGAUCAGCAGGAUACCUCUCCCAAAACUACAGACACCACUCACCUUAAUACCGACGGAGCUACAAAUAACUACGAUUAUCCUACACAACAACCUCAAUAUGCAAACGCCUAUCCUCAAACAAACGAUAUGAUUACAGCUUACCGAAGCAGCAGUUUUGCUGACCCUCACUAUCCCCACCGCCGGUCGGUUCAGGGAUGGAAUGGAUUUAAUACACCUCUCCCAAGCUCUGGUAGAAGCUCCAUCAGCCUUGAUGGCGUGGCUGGACGUCCAAGCUUGACGCCGCUCCCCAUGCCUUCUUCAUCUGGAGGAGGAACUCCUCAGCUCAUCCGCACAAGCACAAUUGCGAACGGCGCCGGAUCCAGCGGCCCAUACCACCCGAUUUCUCUGUACUCGACCAAGGCCGUGCUCAAGAUCAACGGCAAGCUAGACACCAUGACGGAGAACUGGACUCAGGAAGAAUGGGACAACCGUCGCCGUAUCGUCAUGUUCCGCAAGUCGCAGACAGGCUCUACCCUUACUGCCAACUUCCGACCCGUGCCUGUCAACGAACGCCCUCCUAACAGCAUCUGCAUUUCAUGCAUCUACUGGCAAGAGAAGUCGGAGUGCUAUGUGACUUCAGUUGAUACCAUUUACCUCCUGGAGCAGCUUGUUGCUGCGCCCAACCGUUUCAGUGUUGAGGAGAAGAACCGUAUCAGACGCAACCUGGAAGGUUUCCACCCAAUCACCGUCUCCAAGGCCAAGCCCAUCAGCGAGGAAUUCUUCAAGCUCAUUAUGGGUUUCCCUAACCCCAAGCCUCGCAACAUUGAGAAGGAUGUCAAGGUCUUCCCAUGGAAGAUCUUGGAGCCGGCCCUCAAGAAGAUUAUUGGCAAAUAUAGCGCUAGCCCUAGCAGCACGCUACCGCCAACCAACAUGGCUCCUCCUGUUAACCCUUCUCCAUAUGUGCCCUUGCCCACCCCUCCUUCGCAGGGUAUGAGCUCGCAGCAUAGUAUCCCAUCUCAUCAUGGAGAUAUCCAUAGCCGGUACUCGGUGGGCAGCCAGCACGACGCGAUCUCGUCUCCGCGAUCGCUCUCUGGAUCGCAAGGCGGCUGGACACCAUACACGACGGCACCAUAUCCUGCCAACACGACGAGAACCAUGAGCCCCAAUCUGCGAGGUGGAAGCCCCAACGGGGGCCCCAAUAUGCGCUUGGGUGCCAGUUCGCUGCCUGCAGUGACUUCCUACGACACUCGAACUAUUUCAGCGGGAAGCUAUGCGGGAAUUAGCCAUGGAACAUCUGCGACUCCGCCGCGAUGGGAUACCACACCAGUGACUUACUCUGAGAGCUAUCCCAGCCUGACAUCGCAAAACACGCACGCGCAGUCGGUAUACGGCGCAACGGGGUAUGGUGACGGAACCCCAAGAACGUGA